AGAGAGAGAGAGAGAGAGAGAAAGAGAAGUCUUAUACAGUAAACACUGUGUUUAGUCUGUCUUUGUGUGCACCAGAGAGAGAGAGAGAGAGAGAGAGAGAGAGAGAGAGAGAUGGUGAACUUUUUUUCAGUAUACAAGUUUAUUCUACAUGGAAUUAUGAAACUAGUUGGGGUGAGACCCCAAACUGUCGAAAUAGAGCCAGGAACGAUCAUGAACUUCUGGGUCUCUAGUAAUAUCCCCAACAAAAUUGCAAACACACCAAAGAAAUCGAAGCCAGCCGUGGUGUUCCUUCAUGGCUUUACAAUGGAUGGUAUUUUCACAUGGCAACUUCAAGUGCUAUCUUUGGCCAAAAACUACACCGUUUAUGUCCCGGACUUUCUCUUCUUCGGGGGAUCCAUCACAGAUAAAUCGGAUAGGUCACCGGAGUUUCAAGCCGAGUGUGUUGCCAAGGGUUUGAGGAGCAUGGGGGUAGAGAGGUGCACCUUGGUGGGGUUUAGCUAUGGUGGGAUGGUUGGGUUCAAAAUGGCUGAGUUGUACCCCAAUUUGGUGGAGUCCAUUGUGGUGACUGGUUCAGUUUUGGCUUUGACCAGAUCCAUCAGUGAUGCUUCUCUUGAAAGACUUGGGUUCAAAUGCUGGCCCGAUUACUUGCUUCCUAACUCAGUCAAAGAUGUGAGAAACAUGUUAGAAAUUGCUACCUACAAAUUUCCAUAUCUCCCUGAUUGGAUUUACAAAGAUUGUUUCGAGGUUAUGUUUGGCAACAGAAAGGAGAGAGAAGAACUUCUAGGGGCAUUGGUAGUUGAUGACAAGGUCUCGACCAUUGCUGAUUUUCCACAGAGAGUGCAUCUUUUGUGGGGAGAGAAUGACAAAAUUUUCAACAUGGAAACAGCCAGGAACCUAAGAAUAUAUUUACAGGCAAUUGGGAGGCAGCGCAAAACUGCAGUCUAUAGAGGAGGCAGGCCACCUUUUGCAUAUAGAAAAACCCUUCGUUUUCAACAAGCAGCUCAAGGAAAUUCUUGCUUCUUUUUCGGAAGAUGUGCACCAAGACUGAAGAGACCAUUUAUGUUUUUGCUUUUUAAGAACUAAUGAGAGCUUUAGAGUGUUGGUUGGAAACAUUUAAUUUACUGUGGUUUUGGAGAAAAACUUUCCUGGCACGGGGAUGCCAGGGUCAGCCAUCCACAGAAGUAUCCCCGUUCAAUAAGCGGUUGACAGUUGGCAACCUAUUUUGCCUCAAAUUUAAAAUAUUAAAGGCCUUUUUAGUAAACAAUUUGCUGAGUAGUAAGUUAUCAAAUGCUAACCUUUUCUUCAACCUUUUCUUUUGGAUAUUUUCUCUUUCUCUCAUGACAUGUGUUAUUUUCUUUGCCCUUAAAACAAUGCCAAACCACCUACCUUUUGUUUUCCAUACUUACCCUCAUUUGAUGUAUUGAAUUUACUUUUAUUUAUUU